AUGUCUUCUGCAAUAAUAAUACCAGCACUAUUUUCUUUCCUUCUCCUAACGGUCAUUUACCUAUCAUUCCGAAUCUUUUUUCAUCCAAAACAAAAAACCAAUUUCCAUAAAAAGCCACCAGGUCCACCAACUCUACCUAUAAUCGGAAACCUUCACAUGUUAGGCAAACUUCCACAUCGAACACUUAAAUCACUCUCCAAAAAAUAUGGUCCAAUCAUGUCUUUGCAACUUGGUCAAGUACCAGCUGUAAUUAUCUCAUCUUCUAAAGCAGCAGAGUUAUUCCUCAAAACACACGACCUUGUUUUCGCAAGCCGACCAAAGAUUCAAGGAUCUGAGCUCAUGUCUUAUGGUUCUAAAGGGGUGGCUUUUUCUGAGUAUGGUCCUUAUUGGCGUAGUGUCAGGAAAAUUUGCACUUUGAAACUUCUUACUGCUUCCAAAGUGGAGAUGUUUGCUCCUAUUAGAAAACAAGAGUUGGGUGUUUUGGUUAAAUCAUUGGAGAAAGCUGCUUUGGUGGGUGAGGUUGUGAAUGUUAGUGAGGCUGUAGAAAAUCUGGUUGAAGAUAUUAUAUAUAAAAUGAUAUUAGGUAGAAGUAAAUAUGAGCAAUUUGACUUGAAGAAGUUGGUUCAAGAAGCUUUGGUUUUGAUUGGAGCUUUUAAUUUGGCUGAUUAUGUCCCUUGGUUAGGAGUUUUUGAUCUUCAGGGAUUAACACGGGGAUUCAAGAAAAUCAGUAAAACACUAGAUGAGAUGUUAGAGAUGAUAAUAGCAGAGCAUGAACAAACUACUGAAGUAGACAAAACUCGCGGGGAAGACUUUGUAGACAUACUUCUUUCGAUUAUUCACCAAACCACUGAUCAUGAGAGUGAACAAAAUCAAGUCAUUGAUCAAACAAACAUCAAGGCUAUUUUACUCGACAUGAUAGUAGCUGCAAUUGAUACAUCUGCAACAUCAAUUGAGUGGACUUUAUCUGAACUAUUAAGACAUCCAAGAGUGAUGAAAAUUCUUCAAAAUGAAAUACAAGAUGAAGUAGGAAGUAAGAGAAUGGUUGAAGAGAAGGAUUUGACGAAGUUGAAUUACCUUGAUAGUGUGGUUGAUGAAAUCUUAAGACUUCAUCCUGUUGCGCCCUUACUACUCCCUCGGAAAUCUAGAGAGAACAUCACAAUUGAUGGUUAUUUCAUAGAGAAAAAGACACGAGUCAUGGUAAAUGCAUGGGCAAUAGGGAGAGAUCCUAAUAUUUGGUCAGAAAAUGCUGAGGAAUUUUAUCCAGAGAGAUUUAUUGACAAAAAAAUGAAUUAUCAAGGAUACGAGUUUGAAUCUAUACCAUUUGGUUCUGGUCGUAGACGUUGCCCCGGAAUUCAAUUGGGCUUAAUUACUGUUAAGUUGAUUGUAGCUCAAUUGGUGCAUUGUUUUAAUUGGGAACUCCCAUAUAAUAUUAGUCCUUUGAAUCUGAACAUGGAGGAAAAAUUUGGACUCGCAGCAGCAAGAGCUCAACAUUUACAUGCAAUACCGCAUUAUCGUUUGGUUGAUGCCAAACAUGAAUAA